AUGCCUACAUCCACACAAACGAGCACGACUGCGCCGAACGAACCCAUAAUCAACAAUAAUCCCGCCGUCCAAUCGCUGUACGCAUCGCUCGAGUCGAGAAUUGGCUAUCGUCUGGUCCUCGGCGGCACACGCCACUUCGGUUACUGGGAAAAGGACACAUGGUGGAUGCUACCCGUUAGCGGUCCGCUGCGGCGGAUGGAGCAAAAAUUGUUCGACCGGUUAGAUCUUCCCACCGGCUCCCGUGUUCUCGAUGCCGGCUGUGGUGUUGGUCAUGUCGCAUUGUACAUGGCUGGCCGAGGGCUGAAGAUGACCGGCAUUGACAUCAUGGACCAUCACCUGGAAAAGGCACGUAGGAACAUUAGUAAGUCUGGGCCUUUGCAAAGCCAGGUAUCGGUGCAGAAGAUGGAUUAUCAUCACCUUGAGACGCUGCAGUCCGAUUCAUUUGACGGAGUCUACACCAUGGAGACUCUGGUACACGCGACGGAGCCGGAGCAGGUUGUAGCCGGCUUCCUCCGUAUCCUGCGGCCCGGCGGCCAUAUUGUCCUGCAGGAAUAUGACUAUAAUUUCGAGUCGGAAGAGGAAAUCGGACCUGUCCUGGCCAAGGCAAUGAAGCAGAUGAGCGACUUUGGUGCCAUGCCAACCUGGGAUAGGGCGAAGCGCGGCUACUUUGAGAGGCUCCUCCAAGGUGCCGGGUUCGUGGACAUUCAAGUCCAAGAUUAUUCGGUGAAUGUACGCCCGAUGCUGCGACUUUUUUGGCUGCUGGCGUUGAUUCCUAAUCUCCUCGUUCAACUGUUCGGCCUGCAAAAGUACUUUAUCAACACAGUAGGCGGAGCUUAUGCCUACAACGCACGGGAGCACUGGCGAUACGUCUCUAUAAGCGCGAGGAAACCAGACGACUCGCCAAAAAGCAGUUAG